GCUGGCUGACCGGUUCGCUGUGUUGCAUGUCGGUGGCUCGGCUUGCUGCUGCUGCCGUAGUCGACUGGUUGGUUGAUUGUUGGCGUUGGCUCCCAAAACGAAGGCAGCGAGCGAUGUGAAUUCGGUCAUUUAGUAGAAUCGCGAGCUCAAUACGGUGCACACGCUUUGAACGGAUGAAUGGCGGCGUACACGUGCAUAUUUUGACGACUAAAAACAGUGAAUGUGAAUGAGUGACGAGGCGGUUUUUGUUUUGGUGCGGUCGCUUGUGUGUCAUGCAAGCCAACCGUAAUACGCUAAUAUCAGUUCACCAAUGAAGUGAGAAACAAAAUUCAAAUCGAAAAUGCCAAGUUGCUUCCGAGGCGAAAGUGUAUUGUGCUUCUAUUAUUGGCAAAACAUGAAAAAAUCACGAAAUUCCGCUCUUCACGGGAUGCGGCGUUCGUAAUGUGCAAUGUUUGCGGUUAACUUUACAUAUCGUGUAUCGAGCAUAAUGGCUUUCACAAAAGCUCUGCCAGUGUUGGUGUUUGAAUGAAUGCUUUCACAAGUUACAAAAGUUACUCGAUAUUGUGGAAAAUAGCAAAUGAUAGCAAGAAACAACAAAUGCAAAAACAGAAAGUAUAAAGGAAGUAAUCGACGGGCUCACGAACACUGCGGCGACAAUAACGCAUACACAGUGAAAAACUUUCCAACGAAAAAAUAAUAUAAUGAUUAAAUUAAAAAUGAAUGCGGCGGUUAACAAUAUCGCUGGCUGCAAAAACUCCGCGAAUAGCAAAUGUAAAAAGUGUAUAAACAAUAAUAGCAACAACAGCGGCAACAGCAACAGCAACAGCUCCGAGCAAAAUAACUGCCGCAGUGAUAGCGGCGACAUUGAGCCGACGCUGCACGCCGAUGAACUACAACGACUGCCAAACAGCGAACAAACACAGCGAGCAAGCACGUCACAGGAGGGGGGAAUGCUGCACCGGCGAACACACUGCUGCGUGCAACACACCGAUAAGCGCGACCACAAGCACAGCAAUGUGCCACAUCAACAGCAACAAACACAAUACGACGACCAGCAGCAUCAGUGCUAUCAACAGCAGCAGCAUCAGCAGCUCCAUCAUCAUCAGCGCUUACAUGACCAGCAGCACAAGUGUGUGACAACAAAGCGCUGUGUCGAGCAGACGCAACAACAAAGCGCACAGCAUAAGCAGCAAUUUCCGCAAAAUGCGUCCUAUAAACGGCGGCAACAUUUUAAUCAACAGCAGCCACAACAUGAAGGCCAACAGCAACAACAACAACAGCGAUUGCGACUGUGGCCAUCACUAUGCAUCGCCACCAGCAGCAACAGCAGCAACUAUAUCAAUUGUAGCAGCAACCACAUCAGCACCAGCAGCUCGAGUAAAUUCAAUUCAACAGCAGCAACACUUCACACACCCAACACAGCAGCAGCGGCAUCAUUGACCACAACCACGUUAUUCCCUUCGACAUCAUCGUCGUCGUUGUCGUCGUGCACUUCAUCGUCAACGCGUGGUUGCGCAUCGUCAGCGACGGCGAAAGUUUCGUUGGCGGCGACAGCAGCGCAGGGCAGCCGUCAUGCCACAUACAUAUUUAAGGCCGUCACAUCGGCCGCCUCGCAGGCUGCGACAACAUAUUAUCUGUGGUGGCUAUUCGGUGUGUGCUUAGUGCUCUUCACAAACGGUGGACGUGACUGGCGGUCGGCGGAAUUGACGCGUACAACAUUUAUGGUGGCCGCCACGUAUUUAGAACCGGACGAACUGAUACACGAACUGGAUAGACCAGUGCCCUUGACGCCGGUGCAGGGUGUGCUGGGGCGACAAGCGAUGCUGCCUUGUGAUAUUUCACCAAUGGAACGGGACGAUGCGGUCUACAUGGUGCUGUGGUUUCGCGAGGGCGACGGAGAGCCAAUCUAUAACUUCGACGUGCGCGGCCGCCAGUUUGGACAGGCGCGGCUGUGGUCCUCCGAAAUGGCAUUCGGGUCACGCGCCUACUUCAGCAGCACAUCGCACCCCGCACAGCUGAAAAUCGAUAAUGUACGCAUCGAGGACGAGGGCGUCUACCGGUGUCGUGUGGAUUUUCGCAAUUCGCCGACACGAAAUCUGAAAAUCAAUCUCACCGUCAUCGUUCCACCGGAUCGUCCUGUCAUUUAUGGCCCUAACAGACAUGAUAAAGCCAGCAAUGUGGAGUCGUUUAACGAGGGCACGGAUAUAGUGUUGGCUUGUGAAGUGACCGGCGGACGGCCACGUCCGAAUGUAACAUGGUAUUUAGAUAAUACGGUGAUUGAUGAAUCUUUCGAGCAUCGCCCGGACGGCAAGACUGUUAACCACUUGUCAUAUCCAAAUAUUGGACGACAACAUUUGAAUGCGAGAUUAGUUUGUGUGGCGAGCAAUACGAAUUUGACACCGCCCAACAACAAAGUGGUCAUACUCGAUGUCAAUCUAAAACCCGUCGCUGUGCACAUAAUGACGAAGGAUCGUUUCGUAUCUGCCGAUCGCACAUACGACAUCGAAUGCAAGUCUUCCGGUUCAAAGCCAGCCGCAGUUAUUACGUGGUGGCGCAACAACAAGCAGCUGAAAAAAUUUACCAAAAAUUUUAAUGAACCCGACAAUCAAUCCUUGAGCAUAUUGACAUUCACGCCCACUCGCGAGGACGAUGGCAAGUAUUUGACGUGUCGUGCCGAAAAUCAAUUCAUCGAAAGCAGCUCCAUCGAGGACAAGUGGCGCAUGGUUGUGCACUAUCAACCAACGGCUCACCUAAAAAUGGGUUCUUCAUUAAAUCCCGACGAUAUUAAGGAGGGUGAUGACGUCUAUUUUGAGUGUGUUAUACAAUCUAACCCCAAACCCUACAAAAUGUCAUGGUUUCAUAACGGCAAGGAACUGCAUCACAACAUCUCAGCCGGCAUUAUCCUCUCGGAUCAAUCACUCGUGCUGCAGAGUGUCUCACGUGCAUCCGCUGGUGAUUACACGUGUUUGGCUGUGAAUUCGGAGGGCAGGGGCGCCAGUAAUCCGGUUUCGUUGCAUAUACGCUUUGCACCCAUUUGCGCCACCGAUCACGAAGAGCUGCUGGGCGCCCUGAAGCACGAAACGCUGCUGCUAAAAUGUGAAGUGGACUCAUCACCGCCAGCGGAGGCAUUUACAUGGACAUUUAACUCGUCCGGCGAACAAACAGAACUGCCCGCCCGACUGCACUCAACGGAGACCGGCAUGUCGCGACUGAACUACACUCCAGCCACCGACCUCGAUUAUGGCACAAUAUCUUGUUGGGGGCGAAACUCCAUUGGCCAGCAAAAGAAUCCAUGCAUUUUCCAAAUCGUCGCUGCAGGCCGUCCGUUUCCUUUGCAGAAUUGCACUGUCACAAAUCAAUCCACCGAUUCAUUGCAAGUCGACUGUUUGGAGGGUUUCGAUGGUGGACUACCUCAAGGCUUCAUUUUGGAAUUAGUAGAGUUGAAUAACUUGCGUUUGGCGCGAAAUUUGAGUUUGUCGCAUCCUCCAGUGAGUUUUCUCAUCGAAAAUCUCGACCCCACAGCAACCUAUCGCAUGAUCAUAUUCGCCAUGAAUGCCAAGGGUCGCUCGGAGCCAACCAUAAUCGACGACAUAAACUUCAAAGGCGUGGCAAAAUUUACAGGUGCUUCGAAUGGCUUGACGGUGCCACUGUCACCAUUUCUGGCGGGCUUAACCCUCUUUUGCGCCCUACUCUUCGCCAUAUCCUGCAUUGCUCUGGCGGCAAUAUACAGGCGGUUCUCCAAUAGGCAAAACGAUGGUAAUUUAAAACCAACGAAGCACACGCAACUCUCAAUACCCCCCGACUGUCAACUGGAUCCAUUACAGCCGAACAACCACCAUCACCAGCAUUUGCAGCAUAAUCACGAGCAAAGCAAUCACCAGGCCCAUCACAGUCUACUACAGCCGAAUGUCGGCGAGGGUGCCAAUGGCGGUGGCGGCACCUCACCCUCGGUCGGCGUUGUUAUCGGCGGCGGUGGCGGUGGUGGCGUCAUGGGCGGUUUGAUUGGCAUCGAUUCGUCCACAUUGCGGUCAACGGCGACCAGCCAUCAUCGGCAAAGUCCGCUGGUGAUGGGCGAUGCUUUGGAAGGUGAUGACACUGAUCCAGAUGUUAUACCCAAUCAAUAUGAAAAACGUCCAUUGAAGUCGCAGGUGGCCUCGCCCAUAUUCCGCAGCCCCUCGGCGCGCCUUCUGCAGCGCGACUACAGCAGUCUUGCGGACACGGAGCGCGCUGGCACAUUGAGUAGCGGGAGCGUGAUUGGCGGCAUCACGAACAGCUCCACACUGAGCAGCGCCGACGGCAUCUCCAGUCUGGGCUCAUUGGUCGGCAACAGCAGUGUUGGAAGUGUUGGCGGUGGCAUUGGCGUUGGCAACGAAGUGUUGCACUACACAUUUAGGCCAAGCAAACAAUUGAGUUAUGCCACAUUGAAUAAAAAAGGGAUCACCACGUGUAGUCCACCGCUGAACAUAUCACUCUAUAACACAACAACUGCGGCAUCAUCAUCACUAUCCUCGACAUAUCACUCAACGCCACAGCCACAACCAAUGGAAGUGAGUUUGCUCAGUCCCAAUAAUCCGUCGGUGACUUCGUCGCUCAGCGAAUAUCGAUUUCGGCCGGAAGUGGUGACCACAUCGAAUCGCAUUCAGGAAAGUUGUAUAUAAAUAGAUGAAAUCAACACAAGUGAAUAUGAAUCGAGUAUGUUGUGUACUGUUUGUGUAUAUGUUGUGUAUAUAUUUAUGACAUAAGUAAGUGUAUGUAUGUAUAAGUAAAGCUGGAUGGACUAAAAAUAGACUGACGUAAAUUAAUAAUUUGUUCUUCAACGUCCAUUUUUAAGUGUGUGGUUGAAAGCAAGCCACAUUUGGUUAUUUGUAUUUUCUUUACGCGUAACAAAUACUAGCGCCACAAGCACACAUACACACGAGCAUACAUGCAGAUGUACAUAUGUAUGCAGAAUCAAUUUAUGGCAUUUAUUAUUUACCGUUGGUUGUUUGUUUGUGUUGUGGCUGGUGUUGCAGCAAAUGAGCAAUCUGCCAAGUGACAAAAUAAAUACCGCUAUUUUCCAAUAAAUAUUUACCUGAUUUAACGGUACAGUUAACGGUUUUUACGCGCAUACGUUUUUACAUAUAUGUGCACUUAAAACUUUCACCGGAAACAGAAAAUCGGCUUGUCUCGCUUUUUUCCACACCACAUUUCGCAUAAUAAGGCUUAUUUGUAGGGCUCUGCAAUGAAUUUAAUGUAGAGACAAGGCUUAAAAAAGAAGGUAGGAUUUACAUAUGUUUUAAAUGCUAGCAUUUUCCUUUAUUUGAUGCGUCAUACUAUAUACUCAGGGGUAAAAAUUUCGUACUCUUUAAAAUGGUAUCGCUGAAACCCAUCUGAAGUUUCAAUAUGUAACUAACCAUUAAAUAAUUGCAUCUCCAGUAGAGUUAAUAUUGACGAAGUACACUUCAAAAAGGUCGCACGAGUGACCUUUGUUCACAAGUUUUUACUCAUUCCUUCAACUUUCCUAAAAUAUCAAAUGUCAGAGGCUUUUCGAAUAUUAUGAAAGUUGCUCAUGCUUCAAGUUAUGCGUUUCCAAAUUCAUAAGAGCCACAUUGUUCGCAGGAAAAUAUCGAUUUUUGAAAGCCAAAAAAGAACUGCUUACUCAAUCGCUAUUAAAUCGAGGCAAAUAAGCCAUGCAUCAUUUAUUAAUACGCAAAUACUCUUUAUUAGCGAACUCAAAAAGCGCUGCAUUAUGAACAGAUUUAGCUUAUAUUAUAACGACUAACAAAUUCGGACGUUUUUCUGUGAAUAUGAAAGCCAGAUAUUCAAUUAAGCUAAUACAAAAUGCCAAUUUGUGUUUAACCAACAACAAUAACGAAAGAGUUUAGGGAAAGCUUUUAAAUGCAAAAAAAAUUGCAAUUAGCCAUGUAUACAACAACAACGCUCGGCCGUGCUCUGCUUAGUAACUCGUUAAUUACUAUUCAUGCAUGUACAUAUGUUCAAAUGUAUGUAUGUGUGCUUGUGUCAUUAUUGUUUUAUAUGUGUGUAUAAUUAAUUAAUUAUUAUUUUUAACUAAAUUUUAAUUAUAAUGAAGUGAAAAUCGCACUGUCAUUUUGCAUUUUGCGCAGCCAAGCAUUUCAAUUAAAUAAUAAUUAUAUGAAAUAAAUAAAUAUAGAUGUAUAAAAAGUCAAAUUAGAAUAAAUACCUUUAGCAGAUAUCAAAUAGUUUAAUAACUGAGUGAAAAGCGAAAAAUUACGUGAAACUUUUUUCAUUUAUGUAUUUUCAUGGCGAAUUUGUACAUAUCAAAAGUCAAUAUCCAUUUACACAUUUUUUUGUUUUAAUAAGUGUUUUAACCGCCACUGCAUACAUAAUCAUAUCACAUUUACAUA